ACUUUUAAAAGACUUUUUCCUCUGGUCUGCUGCUGAAUUUAUAGUGGCAGAAUAGUAAAUUAAAGGGGAAAACGGUCCGGCAUAUUCCAGCUAUGGCCAUGCGCUUUGGUCUGUAACCCAAGAAUAAACAAACAGUGCCACUCCACUGUCAUCACGGGUUACUGGGUGGAGCUGUGUUAUUAAAUCCCAUGGCAACGAGCGUAAAAAAAAAAGAGAACAGAAAGAAAGUGAAAGAGUGAAGAAGAGAGAGAGGGACAGGGAGAGAGAAAGAGAGAGGAUAUUUAUACCUAGUUUCAAAGAGGAGAGGAAGAAAGGAGUAGACAAGGAAGCAGCUACGUUCACAGGAGCAGAUGUAAACAGCCAUGACCACUCUGCAAUCACUCAUCCAAGUGGGAGACGGGAGGACACUAUCCAGAGGGGAAUUUCUCUCUUUGAUAAACACGUACAACUGGUUCCUGAAAGACCAGACGCAACUGCAUCUCACCUACUGUCAGGACAGUGAUGGGGAGGUGAUCGUGGAGGGCUUCUUGAACAUCUCAUGGGGAGUGACCAGACCCAUCCGGCUGCAGAUCCAGGACGACAAACAGACCCUCCCCCUGACUCCUCUGGUCCCACCGGAACCCAGCAGCCCUGUGAGCCCCGUGAGCCCCGUGAGCCCUCUGGGGAACAAGAGAGGGAUGAUGCGAUGGGGGGAGUAUUCUGACCUGCACCAGAUCGAUGAGACCCAAGAAACUGUCUUCAGCAACGCUCCGCCACCACCCCCAGUCCCUUACGAAACGGCCACGCUCCGUCCAAUCAGACACAAGCACACUGAGCUGGAGGCGGAGUCUAACCUGUUCCGCUGCAGGAGUGACGCGGCAUUGGUGAAGAUGAGAAGGAAGAAAUCUGCUUCUCAGAGAGAGAAAGAACGUCAGCACCGCUUUUCUAUCAACGGACACUUCUACAACUAUAAGACCUCCAUUUUCACCCCCACCCACGGCGCCUUCACUAAAGUCCGAAUAAACAGCAGGAUGUCCACACACCAGGUCAUAGAACAGUUACUGCACAAGUUCAAGAUACAGAAUGACCCUGAAGAGUUUGCCCUGUACUGCGUUCACCAGAGUGGAGAAAAGAGGAAGUUGUGUAACAGAGACCAGCCUCUGUGGGAGCGUAUACUGCAGGGGCCCUCAGAAGACAUCAUGAAGGUCUUCCUCAUGGACAGAGAAGAAGAGGAAGUCAGCAACGAUGUGGCCCAGUAUCUGAACCUGGAGCUGCCAAUCCUGGAGCAGGUUCUUCUGAAGCUCAGAGAAGAGGAGACCAAAGAGAUCCAGAGGGUCAUCAGCAAGUACCAUCACCAGCACAGACUCCUGUCCCACGUCCUGAACACCAAACUGUCCCCUCACAUCGAGACCAGCGUCUGACAGAAAUGGAGUUCUACAGCAUCGGAAUAACAACAACAACAAAGACUUUAUUAAGAAAUGAAAUGGACACAACAGAAAAUAAACCAUUUGCGUCAAAAGUGAGAUCAUUUUUAAAGACUUUUUUUUUUUUAACUCUGAGAGAAAUUGAAAAAGCUAUUAGGAUGGCUACCAGCUUGUCCAUGAGUAAUCUAUUACUUUGUCUGGAAUAUUCCACAGUAUGGCAUUACAUUUAUUCAGUUAGGUUUUUAUUGAUCAAAAAUAUGAAAAAAAAAACUUUACUGCAAGUGGGGUCGCCUUUUCACAGAUCUGACCUGUAACUGAAUUUAAUGGCAUCACCUACUUGUCCAUCAGCAUAGAUAACUUUAAUGCCAUAAUAUGAAACAUUCUAUCUAAGCAAAGCAUCAAGAUCUCCAUGGAGACAACCAAAUAGCAGACCCUCCCUCAACCAGCAAGGUUACACAGUGUAUCUUUAAAGGCGCACUGAGUAACUUUUGCUGGUAAAAAUGUCAUUGCUUUGCUUAUAAUGUCCCAAUGUAUGGCGUUAUAUCUCCAUGGAAACAAGCAUUCGCGAAGUUACGGGUCAGCUCAGUGGAAUGGCACUUAGAGUUAGACCCCGUUUACACUAAAACGAAUCAGCGUAUCACCGUAUCAGCAACAAUCUGCGUCCAGACACGUUGUUUCUGUAUCUGCAAUCGAAGAGUUCCUUGUCCACACAGUAACACAAAACCGCUUGAAACGUUAGUUCACGUGAUAGGCUGGCGUCACGUCGUCAUGAUGUCCCGACGUCACGUGAGCGGUAAAAACAAGGAAGUCUGAAGUCGCAGCAGCUGAUUUUGAGUCGAGGGAGAUGGCAAGUGUACUGACGACGAGGUUCAGUUGUUACUCAGCGUAACACUGGAUUUCGUUUGUCUGUCCGCAAGCCUUCCCUAUCCAUACAGAUUUGAACAUAUUUGUUUAUAUUUUACAUAAAUGAAACUUAAAACCUCAUGGCUAAUUUGCAUAAACUAUGCGCUCAAAAAACAGCUCGCUAUUGUGCGAUGAUGCGGUUCAGCUUCUGUCGGAUUAAUGGACACAACUCAAUGAAUUAUAUGUGUUCUUUCUGUGACAGAGGAGUGUUCUGCUGAUGGUGAGUUUGUUCUGUUCUUCUAUUGCGUUGGAGAUAGUUCAUGUUAAACUUUUCAGAGAUUAUACGGUCUAUGCUACAUCAAUGUUUCAAUGUAUCAGCGUUUUCAGGCGUCCACACGGUGCCAGAUCAGAUCCAUACUCAGAUGAAUUCAUGGGAGCUGACGACACCAGAUCGUUUCGUCUCUGGAGCCAUUUUCAGUCGGAUUAGUGUGGAUGAACACUGCAUCCACAACAAAAACGAGUGUGGACGGGGCCUUGUUUUUGUUUACAUGUUUUUGAGCAAUAAAAUCACCUUUUUGAAAUAAAUGUGAGAAAAAAAACAUUUAAUACAGUACUGUGCAACAUUCCCGACAAAGCAAUUACAUCUCCAUGGAGACAAGCCAGUAGAAUACCCUCUUACCCGUAAAGUUACACGGUGCACCUUUUACGAGCCAAUUUAGUUUUGUCUUUUUUGUAAGUAUUUGUACAUUUUAAUGAGGUGUUAUUAAAGCCUUUAUUUAAAUGUG